AUGUGACUCGGACUCAAUGAAUGUUGAGAUCACAAGGACAGGACUGGGAGGGCCGCCGUGUGGGGCAGGCAUUGCAGCCGCUGCUGCUCACAUAACUGCAGCCGAGCACGAAGAGACAGCGCACGAAAACAUAACAUGCCUGAAAAUAGUGACAACGCUGACAAUGAGCCUGCAAAUAAUACCAGCAAUGCCAGAAAACUAUCCAGAAACCAGAUAUUAACACUAAUUUCAACUGCGUCACUUAACUUUAGCUCCAUGAUCUGUUAUUCCAUUUUGGGACCCUUCUUUCCUCAAGAGGCUGUAAAGAAAGGCGUUAGUAACACAGUGAUUGGUCUCAUAUUUGGGUGUUUUGCCUUAUUUAAUUUUUUAAGCUGUUUAAUACUAGGAAAAUAUAUUGUGCAGUUAGGAGCAAAGUAUAUGUUCGUAACUGGUCUGUUAAUAUCGGGAGUUGUCACAAUUCUUUUUGGAUUGCUAGACAAAGCUCCUGAUGGACCAAUAUUCAUAGUUAUGUGUUUUCUGGUGAGAUCGGUGGAUGCAAUUGGGUUUGGCGCUUCAAUUACAGCAUCAUUUUCUAUAUUGGCAAAUGCUUUCCCAAAUAAUAUAGCCACUGCAAUGGGAUGUCUUGAAAUUUUCACUGGACUAGGCCUUGUCUUGGGUCCGCCAAUAGGGGGACUUCUGUACCAAACAUUUGGCUAUGAAGUGCCUUUUAUUACACUUGGCUGUUUUGUUCUAUUACUGGUGCCACUAAAUAUUAUUAUCUUGCCACAAUAUGAUUCUGUACCUGGUAAAGACACCUUCUGGAAACUAAUCAUGCUGCCAAAGAUCAUGAUAAUGUGUUUUACUAUAUUUUCACUGAGCUCAUGUUUAGGAUUUUUGGACCCAACAAUGUCACUGUUUGUUACAGAAAAAUUUCAUUUAAAAGUUGGAUAUGUUGGAUUAGUAUUUCUUGGACUCGCGUUGGCAUAUUCUCUAAGUUCACCACUUCUUGGAGUGAUAAGUGACAAGUUACCAGAUUUGAGAAAGUGGCUUCUCAUCAUUGGCAAUCUAGGAACAGGAGUGUGCUUUGUUAUGUUAGGACCAGUUCCUUUAUUUCAAAUUGAAAGUAAACUCUGGCUGUUUAUUCUUGUUCUGGUUUUGAAUGGACUUUGUAUCGGACUAACUAGUAUACCAGUGUAUCCAGAAAUGCUCAGCUGUGCAUAUGAGAAUGGCUUUGAAGAUGGCCUUAGUACUUUGGGACUCAUAUCUGGACUGUUCAGUGCAAUGUGGUCUACAGGAUCAUUUGUUGGGCCAACACUUGGUGGAUUUCUGAGUGCAAAGUUUAAUUUUCAGUGGGCAGCUGCCAUUCAAGGACUUUUACCCCUGUUGGCGGGUGUGUUGAGUUUAAUAUAUUACAUCUGGGAAGCAAAUACAAGAAAAAAAAGGCCUAGCGUUAAGUCCACGAACAGUGAUGUUCAAGAAAGAGAGCCUUUGCUGAAUGGAGAGUGAUUAGACCUACUGGAACUUUCAGUUUUUCAAUUUGUUUGGUUGACAAUUAAUGUUUUAUUUUGUCAAAAUGACCUCUCUGUAAAGUUAUGUAUGUAUACCAGGCCUUUGUACAGAUUGCUUAACUUGUAAAGUAUAUGAUUCUCUGAAGAAA